AGCCUGGCACUUCAGUUGUCUGGCAAGUAAUCAUUAUAAAAUAUGGAGAACCACGAGUUGAGUAAAGAGAAGCAACCCUCAAUAUUUCCAGGGGUUGCAGAUGUUAAUGAACUCUCCCAGAAAACCCUAAAAGCAGUUUUGAAAGCAACAAAAAGUUCAAAUACUUUACCAGUCGGUGAUGAUUUUGAUUUUUAUUCUACAUUUAGAACUGUUCGUGAUGUUUUGGAUAUUGAGGGACGAAGGAUCUUGUCUUUGCUACAGAGACUUCUACGUCAUCAAAAUGUUAAGGGAAGCCUUAAUCAAGAUGUGGCUGAGCUUGAGGAUCAGUUUGAUGUUCUUCUUGAUGCAAAUGAUCAAAUUUUGGAGCGAACUGGAACUCUUUUGGAUGAGGCAUCUGGGAUUCACAAAGAGGAAACUAAACUUAUAAUAGCCUCUGCUUCACCUGUCUCAUUUAAAGCAACUUCAAGCUGGAAUCAAAAACCUGUUGUUGAUGUGGGUAAAUCUGCAACAGCUUAUCGACUAAUGACAGCCAGAAAUAUACAAAGACCUCAGUUGUCUUUUCGCGACAAGAUUGACAACACUAACUUGCCAUUUAAGCCACAAUUACUUUCCAAGCCUAAUGCCCUAAAAUCACUUGAAGAAAGCCUGAGGCUACCUGAUGGUGUAAAUUUUGAGGAAACUGAGAGGCCCAGUUUUGUAUACCCUCACCCAUACAGUUUUGAACUUGAUUCUUUCAAACCUGAUCCAAAAGAAUUUGAACAUGUUGUGCCUCAGGAUCCCCAACCUCUAAGUGUAACUCCUUUGAUAGUUGUUGAUACUCAGAAAAAGUUGCAAGAGAUGAUUGAUCACCUGAGAACACAAACUGCAUUUGCUGUGGAUCUUGAACACCACUCGUAUAGAAGUUUUCAGGGUUUUACAUGCUUAAUGCAAAUCUCUACAAGAUCACACGACUACAUUGUUGAUACCUUGGAAUUAAGAAAUGAUUUAUAUAUAUUAAAUGAAAUUUUUACAGAUGUAAACAUCACUAAGGUAUUUCAUGGAGCAGAUUCAGAUAUUGUGUGGCUUCAGAGAGAUUUUGGUAUUUAUGUUGUCAAUAUGUUUGAUACUGGGCAGGCAGCACGUGUUCUUGGUUUUUCCAGAUUUUCCCUUGCGCAUCUACUUAAAAAUUAUUGUAAGAUUGAGGCAGAUAAGCAGUUUCAGCUGGCAGAUUGGAGAAUUAGACCUUUACCAUCAGAGCUGAUCAAUUAUGCAAGAGAAGAUACUCAUUAUCUGCUUUACAUUUAUGAUUCAAUGAAAAACCAGCUCCUAGACAGGGGAAAUUCUCAAAACAAUCUUCUACUCUCGGUUUAUGAACGUAGCAAAAUUGUUGCUGGAAAGGUGUAUCAGAAACCUGUAUUCACUGAGAAUGACUAUAAAGAACUGUACAAAAAAAGCAAAAAAGUUUUCAACAACCAGCAGAUGGCAGCACUUCGGGAUAUUUUUGCAUGGAGAGAUUUAAUGGCAAGGAUGGAAGAUGAAAGUCUUGGAUAUGUUCUUCCGAACCAUAUGUUACUUCAGAUAGCAGAAAUUUUACCCAGAGAACGACAAGGGGUGCUUGCCUGUUGUAAUCCAAUACCCCCAUUAGUUCGUCAGAGUUUAAUUGAAUUGCACAAUAUGGUGCUUCAAGCAAGGGAGCUUGAUAUUUAUAAAAUGGAAAAACCAGUACAGAUUCAGUCAUCAUUUUACCAUCCCAAAUAUGAUGCUGAUAAUUUUCUUAACUGUCCACAUGACAUGACUCAUUUAGAUGAAAAGAUAGCUGAUAUUGAGAAAAAAAUAUUGGAAACAGGAUUAAUUUCAAGUUCAGCAUCUAUGUUAUAUAAGAGUUUGUCUGGAGUGGCCCUUAAAGUAUUGCCUAUCAUCUCAGCUUUCUCCAUUAGGAAAGACAAGAAAAAGGAUGUAUCUCAGAUAUUAGCAGAAGAGGUCAGAUCAUGCUUCUCCAACCCAUUUUUAAAAUACUUACCCCCUAGAGAUGUUUCAGUCUCGUCUGUGGAAAAAGAAAUAUGGAAUUUAAAACCAUCAACAGUUGUUCAAGGCAACAAAAGAAAAGCAGACAUUUUGGAAAACCUACAACCCAUAUAUGCACCUCCUACAAAGAAGAUGAAAAAUGAAGCUUCUUCCUGCAUGUUUCAAAGCACACAAAGUACUGCUAUAGGAGCUUCUAAAUGUUCUGACGCAACCAUAGCAAAUCCAGUCAAAAUUAAAGAUAACACUACAGGAGAGAUAGUUGGAAAAAAACUUAUGUCUAUCAGGCAAGAGGCCACUCAAAAAAAAAAGAAAGAAAAAAAGAAAAACAUAUGCCAAGAACUGAAAACUAAAGCAGAAACUGAAAAUUUAAACAAUGCAUCUUGUUCUAGUGUUAUUAAUACUGAAACUAAUAUGAGAAAGGAUAAGGUGAAAAGGUCUAAAAAGAAACUAACUGUUACUGAUGUUGAGCAAAGUUUUCAACCAUUUGAUUAUUCAGUGGCUGAGACAUCCUGUAUCAAAGACAGUAAAAAGAAGAAACAAGUUGACUUCUUCAACCCUUCCUUACCUUCACGUUCCAAUAAACAUAAAGAUAAGACCAGAAAACCCAAAUUGUCUGGACCAAGAAGUAACGUCAGUCUGACCUUUGGGUGCACUGGAAUGGAAAGCAAGAAAAUGAAAAAAUAAAGAAAUGUUUAGUAUCUCA